AUGCGCUUGGAAUCCAAAGUCAAGGUCUCUCGACUGGCGAAAUAUGCCAUCCUGGUAUACGUGAUGAUCUCGAUAUGCUACACUACCAGCCAUUACUUUUCAUCCCACUAUGUAAAUAACAACAUGAACAGACACAACAGCAUGGAGGCAUUGGCUGUGGAUCAGCAGCAAGAUGUCUUGAUGCAGUCAGAUGCAUCCUCCUCCUCUUCUUCUUCUUCUUCUUUUUCCUCCUCUUCAUCGACUGCCUAUACCAAGCCAAAAUUGCAACAUCCAGGCAGCCACGAAGACGCAGAAGAUGUUGAAUAUACCAAUCAAGUGACAUGGCCUGGUUCAAAAGGCAGCGACAUCAACCAUAAAUUGUCAGAGGAAAUCAUGAAAUCCAAAAUCUUCUCUAGCAGCAUGGGGUUAGACAAUGUUACACCUUAUUAUUUCAAAGCCUCGCACAUUAUCAACACACAAGACAUCACAUUGGCCACACUGGUCACUCGCAACAGAUUCCAUGUCCUCUCUCGAUUAGCAACAAAUUACAAAGGUCCAAUCUCAGCUGCUAUCCAUGUUCUAGACGACGGCGACAAACUAGCUACCAUCAAGGAGCUGGGCAAAAUCUACAGCUCCAAUCCUGACAUGCAAAAGUAUGUCGACAUCCACUUGAUCAUUGACAAGUUCGACAGACAGUUUAACAUGUGGAGAAACACAGCCAAAUUGUUCACGCGCACUGACUAUUUGAUGAUGCUCGAUGUGGAUUUCCAUCUCUGUACUGAUUUCCGAAAGACCAUCUUUGGUAACCCCACAAUUAGCAAUAUGCUCGCUGCAGGCAAAACCGCGAUUGUUGUACCUGCAUUUGAGUACCUGAACCAAAAAGACGGCAUGGACUACAAGACAUUCCCUACCAAAAAGGCCCAAGUCAUCCAGCAAGUGCAAGACAUGAAGCUCGAUAGUUUCCACAGCUCAUGGGUGAGUGGGCAUGGUGCAACCAACUAUUCUCAUUGGUACACUGCUACAGAGAUGUAUCCUGUCACUGAGUACGAAUUCAGUUAUGAACCUUACGUUAUUUACAAGAAGGAGGGCACUCCUUGGUGUGACGAACGCUUCAUUGGAUACGGUGCCAAUAAGGCUGCCUGUCUCUUUGAGAUCUUUAUCUCUGGCGUGGAUUACUAUGUCUUGCCCAACGACUUUUUGAUUCAUCAAUCGCACAAGUAUGCUAACCAUGACCGUACGAGAGAGAGAACACACAAUCGAGUCUUGUACGAGAAUUUCAGAACCGAAAUCUGUCUCCGUUAUUCCCGCAAAUAUGUCAUUGAAGAGACUUGGUACACGCCUGCUGCCAAGAACAUGAAGCAAGUGUGCACAGAUAUUCCCAAAUGGAAGUAUUUAUCAGGCAUCUCCAAGGAGCAGAGACUCAAAGAUCUGGAAGAAGAAGCCGCCUUGAAAGCUCAGCAAGAGCAAGGCAACAAUACUCAACAACAAGCCUCAUUAGACGUUGAAACUGUACAAUUACCUGAAGAAGACGAGCAAGAAGACGAAGAGAUCAUUGCCACUAUAUAA